AUGUUACGAAUCGCUAGCAGGCACUUGUCAGUCGAAGCGUGGCCGUCCUUCCUCCAGGAGAAACAUGUCAAAAUAUCCAUGCCAAAGGAAUUAUUUGUCGGCGCGUACGAGAAGGCGUAUCUGAGCCUUGCCGGUGUCACCAUGGAUGACCUCACUUUCCGGAUCCCCGAGGGUGGUAAAGCCGGCGUGGUUUCAGAGUGCAGAGACGCUGAAUUUGAUCCCAAAAACCCAGAUAUCAUGGUUUGCGUCGGAUAUGAACCCGGAAAGUACCAGCUGGAGGUGGUUCACCGCGCUACGGACAUCGUCCUGGGCGCGCAUACAUUCUUUGUCUCAACGACGUGGGGUGAUCGCAGGCUCGGGCCUGGAAUCUCGUUCGCAGGCAUCACGGAAGAGUACAUUUCUGGACAGACUUUCGGAGGCGGCUCAACUGGUCCUGAAAACUUCAAUGUCAUCCCGGCUCGCGGCACACGACAAAUAGCAAUCCUGUUUGUGGACUUCCCCGACGGGCUGUAUCCUGCCGACGCAGCAGGCAUGCAAGAGAUUGAAGACCGCUGGAUGAACGAGAUCAUCAACGGCGUCACCUUUCAGGGCAGGGCCGGCGUAAGCACUCGCGCUUACUACAGGGAAGUCUCGUACGGAGUAUUCGACAUCGCGGCUCAGGCUUUCGGCCCCUUUCACCUCGCGGAUAAUUGGGACCACUUCUACGACACGUCGAACGGGUGGCCGCAGACACAGGUUCUUGCACAAGCAGCCGUCACAGCCGCACAGAAUGUGGUCGACUUCAGAAACUUCCAGUCGGUUCUUAUCAUUUCGCAAACAGCCAACGGCCAGUUUGCGUGGCCUGUUGGAUACGGCGGCACGUAUUCCACUCAGAAUGGUAACGUGAACCUAGCCAUUAUGUCCAUGUGCCACGAAUGGGGUGCCGGCCAGAGGCCCGAUCGCAAUGUGCAUGCCACCGUUGCUCACGAGCUUGGGCACAACCUCGGGCUUGGCGACCAAUACACGCCAGAUACCGGUAGAAACACGGGAUCUUGGGAGCUGAUGAACUGGGAGGACAACCUUCCGCACUUCACAGCCUUCCAUCGACUGACCCUUGGCUGGGUCCCAAGCACGGAUUGGGUAAAGUGCUAUAACUUCCUCCUCGAUGGUGGAGUCCCUGUCAACGAAACCGUGACCCUGGUUCCCUUUGAGCUUGGUGCUCCUGCUGCUGGUAGAUUCGCGCUGAUCGAGAUUCGAAUUGCCCCUGGCUGGAACUACUACAUCGAAUACAGAAUCGGACAAUCGACUCAGGUCGGCGACCGUGUCCUUGACACAAACAAUGCCAUCUUUGUGACAGACACUGAUUCAACACCCGGCGAUGCUCCAAUCGCUCGACCGAAUAUCAUCCGGGUUCCAAACGACCCAGAUGGCGAUGGCAGCGUCCUUAUUAACGGCAGAGACUAUCGGGAGACAGACCAAACGGAUCCCACUUUUCCAACGGACUUCCGCAUUAGCGUUUCAGGGAUCGAUGGCACGAAAGCGGACAUCAAGAUCGAGUACGGCGUCAGCAGCCGCCCUGACCCGCUCAUCCGCCCCUGGCCGGCCGGGCCUGGGCGCCAGUGGCAGAGUCCAGACAUCGAGGUUCGCAACGUGAGGAACCUGGCGGACCCAGCCUGGUUCAACGUGCCCUGGUCUGGACACGACAACACGGUGGUCGCCAAGAUCACCAACAACGGCGACCUGGCGGCGAUCGGCGUCGUGGCCAGAUUCACCGUCAAGAACAUGAAUGUCGGUGGAGCGCAGGAAGUUCCCCUCGGCAGCGGCACCGAUAUGCAUGAUAUUCCCCCUGGAGGCGUCGUCGAGUUUACUGCGCCGUGGACGCUUCCGGACGGCGGUCACUUCUGCGUCACCGUCAGGAUCGAUCCCUAUAUCGUCCCUGGGACAGCUCCGCCCGUGUUGGAGAGAUCUGUGUACAAUAACUGGGCUCAGUCAAACUAUGACCGGUUCAUUUCGGCAUCGUCAUCACCGGCGACCAGAGAAAUCACAUUCCUGGAGGUGCGAAAUCCGUUCGAGGAGAGGACUCAAGUCAUGGUCCAAGCCAGCCAGACGAACCCUCUAUAUCGGACCUAUGUCGAGCACACAACGGCGUGGCUGGAGCCCUGGGAGUCUGUCAACAUCAAGGUCAUGCACGAGUUCGACCCGGCCAAUCUCCUCAAGUGCCCCGUUUCCCUUGGAAAAGGAAAUGGCUCCAUCAUUCCCGCACAUGGAGACCCCUCGAAAAGUAAUGAAGUCGGCCGGGUUACUGAGAAAUACAGUCGAGUACCAAACCGUGCUUCAUUUGUGGGCUACAUUAUCGAUCCCAGAAAUAAGAAAGAGAGACCAAUCGGCAUAAAUCUCUUCAGCGGCGUGCAACAUGAGGUCGUUACAGGGCGCAAGACCAAGUUCGAGAGUUUUUAUGUCAAUCAGGAAAGAGGACAGCCAAGUCGCUUUUACGGAAGAGUGGUUGAAGAUACGGCUACCCAACCCCAAUGUGUUGCGGGGGGUAAUGUGAUCGUAGAGUUCAUGAAAGAAGAGGGAGCCGACAUCCGGGCGAGAUCAUACGCAACCGUCAAAGUCGACUGGGAGGGUAGGUUUGUAGCACAGUACAAGGAGGACGAGUCGAGGAUCAAGGCUGAGUCCGCAAGGGCUUACUAUGUGCCAACAUCCGGAUAUGGUGACUGCUGGAGUGAGAAGCUGACUUCCAAGGAGGGUUCUUGGUAG